UUAUGUUACACAGGAACCGCCCCUUUCGGCUUCUUUUCUUGUCUGACUGCAGUUUGAAUGUGCGGCGAGGGGGGAGGUGACGAAAACGGCCGGAGAAAGUCAGCCGGCAGCCAAGCUCCGUGGAACAAAGAGUGUUCUUGUUGGAGCCUCCCAGGCGAGUUACAGGGAAGUGCGAGACGGUCUGGAGCAGCAGCAGGUGAAGAGACCAAAAGCUACUGAGCCAAGUCCGGCUGCAAAUAGAAGAGCGAGUCUCCUUCCCCAUUCCUUUCUUUGGUUUCGCGUCAUCCUCCCGAAGCCUCGCAGCCAAUCAGACGUCGGCUAAGGGCCGGUCGUAGUCGGCGAUUGGUCAGUUCGGGCUGCCGUGGGGUGGACUGGGCACGAAGUGGAACGUGGGUGCUGCUGUUUCUCUUGCCGUACUAUAGGUGUUCAGUGGCACGCUGGGUGCCGAGUGCCCUGUCGCUGGCUUUGGUGCUGGGAUACGCCGGGCGCCUGAGGACGGGUGAGAAGCUUGCGUACCAACGUGAGGCGCAUUUUACUGCCAGCUGCUUCACAUUUUCUACACGCAAUGACGGCUGCCAGUCGUAGAGAGCUCGCUGCUGCCAGUGCCAUCUGGGCGCACCCGGGGAUGCCAGAACAACAAUAAGUUUUCAGCAUUUCAGCUUUGUUUUCCUGAUGUCACUUUGUCCAGCUCCUUGUGUUUGCCCUCCAAGCCGGGCUGCCAGGCUACAUUACCCACUGCUCGUCUAAAAGCUGGGCUCUCCUCCCUUCUUGCUCUCUCUUUGGCCCCUGCCUUUAUUCUAUGCAGACAUUGUAGCACCGGGGCACACGUUGGUUCCUGAUGGAGCAGGCAGCAGCUGUGACAGUGAAAGCCAGGUCUGGCUCCAGAAGUGCAGCUGGUAAGGGGAGCUGUGAUGGUGGGGUUGCUAGCCCCAGCUCUGGUUGCCUUGGACUUUCUGGAUGUGGCCAAACUGGGCACCCUUCCCCACCGCCCUUCCCUGAUCCACAGCCGCAGUACAAACUGGACGACUUUGAUACAGUGGCUACAGUCGGUACAGGCACAUUUGGAAGAGUGCACCUGGUAAAAGAGAAAAUAGGCAAGCAGUACUUUGCGCUAAAAGUAAUGAGCAUUCCGGAUGUGAUUCGUCUCAAACAAGAACAACAUGUACACAAUGAAAAAUCUGUCUUGAAAGAGGUUAAUCAUCCGUUCCUAGUCAAACUGUUUUGGACCUCACACGAUGACCGCUUCCUAUACAUGCUGAUGGAGUAUGUACCUGGUGGAGAACUUUUUAGUUACUUAAGGAACAUGGGACGGUUUAAUAACAGCACUGGACUGUUUUAUUCAACUGAAAUUAUUUGUGCAAUAGAAUACUUGCACUCCAAAGAAAUUGUUUACAGAGAUUUAAAGCCGGAAAAUAUUUUGUUAGACAAAGAAGGGCACAUCAAGCUCACAGACUUCGGAUUUGCAAAGAAGCUUUCAGACAGGACAUGGACACUUUGUGGGACACCCGAGUAUCUGGCCCCUGAAGUCAUUCAGAGCAAAGGCCAUGGAAGAGCAGUGGAUUGGUGGGCUUUAGGCAUUCUGAUUUUUGAAAUGCUUUCAGGGUUUCCUCCAUUUUUUGAUGACAAUCCAUUUGGAAUAUAUCAGAAGAUUCUGGCUGGAAAGAUAGACUUUCCAAGACAUUUAGACUUAUAUGUAAAAGACCUCAUAAAGAAACUUCUUGUUGUUGACCGAACUAGAAGGCUCGGAAACAUGAAGAAUGGGGCAGAUGAUGUCAAAAGGCACCGAUGGUUUAGAUCAAUAGACUGGGAUACUGUACCGCAAAGAAAAUUGAAGCCUCCAAUAAUACCAAAAGUAACCCAUGAAGGCGAUACAUCCAAUUUUGAAGCCUAUCCUGAAGAUGACUGGAACAAAGCACCACCUGUACCUCCAAAAGACCUGGAAAUGUUUAGUAGUUUCUAAAUAAGUUUUUAGAAAGCUGAAAGCGAAACGGUUGAAGACCUUUUAACAGAGGGCGAUGAAGAACGAUCAACACGAGUUCUCUGAAAAAUAGAUGGAAAAUACCUCUGUUAACAAUGCUUCAUGUUCAAAAGGGGAAGAGCCAUUGAUGUGCACAUUAGCUUAUUAGCAUAUAUUUCUCCAAAUGUGCACUUCUAAUUGACUUCAUACCACUGAUGUUUUGGGGCAUUCCAGUGCGUUGGGUCCAUAGUACAGGAGUACUCGGGUUGUUUAAACCACUUGACCAUUGCACCUAUUCAAAUACGAAUAGCCAAUAAAAGGUGAUCAACUCAGCUUGUACCUAUGAAUCAAAUGGCAUUUGUACAAAUCAUAGGCAUGGACGGUAAACUUCUUUGUUGAUAGAUUUCAAUUGCAGAAAUUCUGAAGCUAUUUGUGUCAUUUGUAGGUUUGAGAAUGGUAGCUCUGAAUGAUUUACUGUGCAUUUAAUUAGAAAAACGAGACAGUCAUAGUCAAAUAUAGAACCAAUAUAAGUUGACAGAAUUCCCUUUAAUAAUGUUCUGAUGUUAAUGUAUGUUCUGCCAAUUCAUAAGCCACCCAUUGCCAUCCCUAUUUCCAAAGUGUAUUGAUAGGAUCUGGGCAUAUUUUGGUGCAUAUUAAUAAAGUUGUGUAAAAAAAAAAAAAACAAUGUUCAAAAAAAAGACAUUGCUGCUUUAAUUGCAUGGUACAACUCAUAAAACAAUGUAUAUUUAUGAAGUGUGUAAUUAUUUGGGGCGAAUGUGUAGCUGAAUGCAAACUCUGGUAUAAAUUGGGAAAAUGUUAUGUAAAAGUGGCAUAAACAGCCACUUUUUAACACAUUUGAAACCAGAUUUUCAGCAAUAACAAGCAAAAUAUUACAAGCUAAAUGUUUCCCUUAAUGUCAAUGGACUAUGGCAGAUCUAGAGAGUGGUUGGCUAUAAAGUUGCUUAAAAUUAAUUGCUCUUAUAAAUACACAAUUACCUCCUUGUAAUGGAGGAUUUUAGUCAUCAUAAAGGAACGUGUAAAAUCAGGGGUAAGAAAAAGACUUCAGCUUUAUAAAUUCAUAAAUUCACCACUUAAUUGACACCACUUUAUGGCUCAAAAUAUUUUACACAACUUUAAAAAUAUGCCCCCCCCCAUGCAUAUAUAUAUAUAUAUAUAUAUAUAUAUUUCACAUGAUACAACAGUGCAUCCAAAAGCGAAGAGCCUCUCAAACUGCUUUUUAUCAACUAGGGAUGCUCCAAAUCCAGGAUUCGGUUCCAGAUUCGGCCGAGAUUCGACUUUUAUCAGCAGGAUUCGGACGAAUCCAAGUGCCUGGUGAACGGAAUCCAAAAAAUCCUCGGACGUACACAAUUUGUUUCCCUAAUUUGCAUAUGUAAUUAGGGUUCGGUAUUCGGCUGAAUUUUUCACAAAGGAAUCGGAUUCGCCCAAAUCCUAAAAUAGUGGAUUUGGUGCAUCCCUAAUCAAGACUAAAAAUAUCUGGGACUUAGUUGUAGAAAAUACUUGCUUUCCAGUUGCCACUUGAUAAUGAAAAGUCGGCCAUCUUUGCACGGUACCGAAAUGUAAGGGUCCACAGGGAUUUGCAUUUUCUUCCAAGUCAUUUAAAACCAUAUAGUUAUUCAUUUUUAUUUACAGUUAAAGUUUUAGUGGCAUGACCCCAUAUUUCUUGUAUUUUUUUAUUAGUACUAUUGCCGGCCUUCAAUUUUUAUUUUAAAAAGAAAACAUUAACUAAAUGUUUUAAUAUUUUUUUUUUUCCAUUUAAGGGAAAAAUUAUUAAAAUGGGGCUCUUAACCCUUUGUAGUGAGACUACUUUGCACGUAUCCAACAACCUGGUUUCCUUUCAGACAUUAUUUAACAAUUGGUACUGAACAAAUAAUAAUGUAAUAGUCAUGAGUUGACCGUGAAUUGAUUUCCUUACACAGGGAAACCUCAAUAAUAUAUAUAUUACUGGGAUGAUAAAUAAACAGACGGUGUUUACUUAAUAUACCAAAAUGUUCACAGCGGCAAUUUUGUCUUUUUUCAGCUCCACUGUAAGCCUUUUUUCAUUGGUGUUUAUGUAAACCUCAUAUAUAUAUUUGAAUGUGUUGAAAAGAGCACAAAUUUAGUAUGUACAUAAUUGGAAAUAUUAAGACUGAAACCAAGAUGUAAAUGUUUGUACUUUAAAAAGCCUGAGUUUUAUUUUUGAAAAUAAUGUGUUUGCAAUAUUUUGUCAGGGAGCGAAUAAAGAAAUGUUUUUUUUUUUUCUUCA